UUACUACUUGCGUGAGCAUCGUAGAAGUUGUGUCUUGUGUAUCGCGAAAUUUCAAAAUUAGGAUUAUUUUAUAACAUAAAAUUGUGUAGUGGCGAUCAGUGAUGGCUGGGAAGCUGAACAAAUUCGAAACACCCAGUUCUGCCAGCUCUGAUAGAUAUUUUAUGUAGUACGUUGGCAGAUUGCUUCACGUUGAAUGCCCGCGGUGUGAGUAAAACACGUGGUCGAAAGCGGUCGUGUUUCGAAACACGUAGUCACAUUAAAAAAAAGCAAAACGUUGGAUGAAAUGGAGCCUGGUCAUCUGGUCUUCAAAAGCCCUGACACAGAGCUGGCACUGGAGUUGAACGAACAAGUGUUUCUGGACGAUGAGGACUACUCGACGCGCGCCCCUGCCUCCCCCACCACCGUGCCCAAUAUCAGGAGCUACAGACCACCUUCCACAGGUUCAAACAUACUGAAGUCGCCGCGCGCGCGGCGCGUGCGCACGACAUCCAUGUCGCAGUCAAACAAGCGGACCACAGCUGAGAGCAUACUGCACGCGGACAGGCGGACCAUAUACACCGCGGGCAGGCCGCCCUGGUACAACUGUACAGGGGGGCAGGAGGUCGAACCUUUUCUCAUUGGUAUUUGCGGCGGCAGCGCGUCGGGCAAGACGACCGUGGCCACCAAAAUCAUUGAAUCUCUUAACAUACCCUGGGUCACCAUCGUCAGUAUGGACUCCUUCUAUAAGGUGCUAAACGAGAGGCAACACCAGCUGGCGACCCGCAACGAAUACAACUUCGACCACCCGGACGCGUUCGACAUGGAGCUGCUAUACGCGGUGCUGCAGAGGCUGAAGGAGGGCAAGAAGGUGGAAGUACCAAUCUACAAUUACGUCACGCAUUCGAGAGAGAACCGGACAAAAACAAUGUACGGAGCAAACGUGAUCAUCUUCGAAGGUAUACUAGCGUUCUACAACGCUGACGUACUGAAACUAUUGGAUAUGAAGGUGUUUGUCGACACUGACGCCGACAUCAGACUGGGUAGACGGCUGAGAAGGGAUAUAGUGCAACGCGGGCGGGAUUUGGAAGGAGUGUUGAAACAAUACAUGUCGCACGUGAAACCGGCGUAUCAGAGUUACAUCGCGCCGCUGAUGGCGCACGCGGAUAUAAUCGUGCCGCGCGGCGGCGACAACAAGGUGGCCAUACACCUCAUCGUGCAACACGUGCACAAGCAACUGCAGCUGCGCGGGUUCAAAGUGCGAGAGAAGUUGGCCGUGGCCCACGUGGGACAACCCGUGCCCGAUUCUCUCUACGUGCUGCAACACACGCCGCAGGUACAAGGUCUCCACACGUUCAUACGCAAUAAGGACACACCUCGCGACGAAUUCAUAUUCUACUCCAAACGACUGAUGCGACUCGUCAUAGAGUUCGCUUUGUCUCUCCUCCCGUACUCAGAGCACAGCGUGGACACCCCACAAGGAUUUCAGUAUAGAGGGCGUAAAUGUGAUGUGGAGAAAAUCUGCGGCGUGUCAAUUUUACGUGCCGGGGAGACCAUGGAGCAAGCGGUGUGUGACGUGUGCAAGGACAUACGCAUCGGGAAAAUUCUUAUACAGACCAACCAGCAGACUGAUGAGCCUGAGUUAUACUACCUACGGCUACCCAAAGACAUAAAAGACUACCGCGUGAUACUAAUGGACGCAACUGUCGCAACCGGCGCGGCCGCCAUCAUGGCCAUACGGGUGUUGUUAGACCACGACGUGCCAGAGGAAAAUAUCAGCCUUGUCUCGCUACUUAUGGCCGAGAUUGGCGUACACUCGAUAGCUUACGCGUUCCCUAAGGUAAAAAUAGUGACUUCAGCUCUGGAUCCAGAAAUCAACGAAAAGUUCUACGUUCUACCCGGUAUCGGCAAUUUCGGAGACCGGUACUUCGGUACGGAACCCAAUGACGAUGAAUGAGAGAGGGCGAUUGGUUAUGGUAUGAGCUAGUCUAUGGAUUGGGCCGUUUGUAUGAAGUUUUAUUUAUUAAAAAACUAUUGCACAAUAUUUUAAAAAAUUGGUACAAAUGAUGGAAUUUAGGGCCAUAUGAUAUUCUGUACCAGACAAUCAUUAGAUAAUACCAAAAAUUGAAAAUUAAAUAUAUUUUACAACCAUUUAAUCAACUAUGAAGUAAAGAUGAAACUGCUUUAACGGCCCAUUGUAUACUAAGGAAUCCUUGCCUCUAGAUUUUUAUUUGUUUGAAAAUUUUUGAGCAAAAUUUUUUCGAGAAUAAAACGCAAUUUUAUAGAUGAAUUUAUAUUAUCAUGAGCUUCUAUAAUAAUUUCCUAUGCUGGCAACACAUUUUAAACACGGCAUUAAUUAAUUUGUUAAUUUAUAUUAUAUAAAAAAGUAUUAUUUACCUUGACAUUAUAUUCUACCUAUGUUAUUUAUGUCUUAAGAAAUGAUUUUAUUUUUUGGUCAUUCACUUUUGGCAACAUCUAAAAAAUGGCGCAAGGAUCCUAGAAUUAAAAAAAUAUAGACUAUUGGAAUGAAUAGGAGUGUCUGUUUUAGCCAGUACUAAGACGAAACAUGUAGUUAAUUAAGUAUAACUACUUAUUUAAAUUGUGUAUAUUAUGUUGUGUAUAUUUGCUGUGGCAAGUUGUCUGUGGCAAUCUUGGAUAGUUAUCAAGCCUUCUGUGUUUUUUAUAUACAUUAGGUUUUUCUUAUUUAUGGUUGUGUUUUAUUUUAGUUAUAUACUGCUAAUGAAGUGAUAGCAUAAUAUUUGUACUUUUUCACAAGUAUUUUUAUAAAUAUCUUGUCUAGUCUAUGUUUAUAAUAUGGUGGAUAUUUUUCUUUUUUUUUUGCUAAUAUAUGACACAUUUAUUUACAAGAAGGCUUGAUAACGACAUAACGGCGCCUCUUAUAGAGUUUAAGAUUCUAGUCUCCACUAAUAUUAACUAAAAUAAUAAAAAUUGACUGAUCGCUAACUACUACGACCAAAAUCUAGUUUAAAAAAUCAAUGUAAAAUAAUCUUUAAUGCCGUAAAAAUAGGGUUGUGUCAGUUGUUGCGUUUUCAACCGUUUUUUAUCGUUAAAACAAUAUUUAUCUUUUAUCUUAUGAACUAAGAAUUUUACACAGCACCAAAUUUAUUUUUUAUUCGGCAACAAUAAAAAAAAAUAUUUUUUAUUUUUCGAUUCAAAAUGGCACAGUACUUACGUCACAAAAAUUAUCACCGAGCCAAAGAAUGACGUUCCUAAGUGGAUAACACUAAAUAUGUAGUAUUUAUUCUGACUUGCCCAGCACUGGGCAAAAUUAAUAUGACGCACGGAUCGCCACAACAACUUGUCUAUCUUAUAUAAUGUAGUGUAAACGCGCAGUGUACUUGACACAUACUAUUGUUGAUGCAGUUAUACUGUGUAAAUGUCAUUUUAACAAUACAAGGUGACUUUUAUAUUUUAUACAUUAUUUUGCAUACUUGCUCAGUUUAUGAUACUGUACAACUUUUCGUAUGGGAGCAAGCCCGAAAUCGCGAAAUAAAAUCAGCUGAUCUUGAUUUUGUAAGGAAUAGCUGAUUUUUUUUCGCGAUUUAUAAGUAGUUCCCUGAGAGUAAAAGUUGUUCAGUAUCAUGGACUGAGCAUGUAGACAAAAUAUAGCCAGUGUGUGUAAAAGUUAUCCUAUACACCUGUGUAAAAUUUUUAGUGAAAAACAUUUGGACGCAAGAUAUAUGUAAAAAAAAAAUUACAUAUUGCUUGCGACCAAAUGCUUUCUAUAUUGAGAGUUUGUUUACUAUAUUAUUAUGUUGUAUAUAUAGUACAUUAUAAUGCAUUUGAUAUUAUCCAAAAAUUGAUUGCCUCCAAUAUUCUAAAUGAUUUCAAAAUGAUCUGACAAACAUUAUGACAUUUAUGACACAUUUUUAUAUACAAUAUUUUAAAUUUAAUAGAAUCUAUCGAAUAUAUUUAAUUGUCUAAUUCACAUAAACGAAAUAUUUUAUUUAUAUAUUUCUGAUUGAGUAAUUAUGACUAUAAUACGUAGAUUUGGUAUCCCAUUUUUUAAAUGUAAUAUCAGGUCACUGGGAAAAAGUGUGUUAUUAUAUUGACGAAAGUUACAACUUAACACCGAUGUUUGCUAAUGUAGUUUUAUCCAAUGUUAUUACCCAUAAUAACAUAAAUGCAUGGUGCUUACAAAACACAGUUUAUAUUCCAAACAUUUAAUAUUUAUGCGAAACCAAAAAUAACUGAGUUCUAACGCCAUUCCUAUUAGUACUGCCACAAAAGUUAUAGAAAAUUAAAAUAGUUCCAAUAUAAAAAUUAAUAUGUGACAUGCAACGAGAAAAGGCACGUUAUGGAGGGAGACGUUCCGCUUGCUCAUUUUUAUUAUAGACUAGCUUUUGCCCGCGGUGUCGCCCGCGUUUACUUCUUGCGUCCGUUUAUAAGUUGUUAUUUAUUUAGUUUUACUGUGAAAGUUCAUCAAAUUCCGAAUACUACAAAUAUUCAAAAAAAAGGUUUUGGCUUGUCACAUAAAGACCCACCAUAAUAAUUUAUAUUUAGUAUAUAUAUGUAUAUAUGUAGCCCACUUACAGUUUUAUUAUUAGAUAAGAAGAAGAAGCGUGAAGAGGUAACAAACUAACAAACUUACCUUCACAUUUAUAAUAUUAGUCAGGACUGGAGCUUCGUUCCCGUGGGAAUUGUGAGAUAAAAUAUAGCAUAAAGCUAUAUUGGAUAAUGUACCUUUCUACUGGUGAAAUAAUUUUUGAAAUCGGUUCGGUAGUUCCGGAGAUUACCUGCCUCAAACAUAAACAAACUCACAAACGCUUACCUCUUUAUAAUAAUAGUAUAGAUUGAUGUAAUUUAUACAACGAUUAAGUUUAUGUAUUAGAUACAAGUCUUGUAUUAACAUUAUAUUCAUUUAUCUCCGCAUCCAAGUUCGUAUAAGGUUACGUACAAGUUUUUUUUUGUAUAAUCUUACUUUUUUUUGUUCAGUAUUAGUUAUAAGUAGUUGUUAAUGUUAAAGUAAGUACAUAUUGUACUUACUUUAACUUUACAAUUUGUGAUCUUUUUAUUUACUUCCAGGCAUUUUAUUUUAUUGAACAUCAGUCGGUUGAAAAAUUCAAAAAAAAAAUGAUAUUAUUUAGAUUUUACCUUGUUCUGUAUUCGUGUAGUUUCUUAGUUAAAUAUAUACAACAACAUAAAAUACUUAAAAAUGCAAUACUACGAUUGUGCACAGCCCAAUAUCAUAUUGUUAAUUGAAGUUGACAAAUGCUAUGUAAUUUGUAGUUUGCUAUAAUUAAGAUUCCAGUCGCUAUUACUUGCUAGCGUGUAUUUGAAAACUUUGUUACAAAGACAAGUAAAACGGGCCAGCGUAGCCAAAUGAGACAAAACAUUCCCAUACAAUUUCCCGGUCAUCAUACCAAGCGGCAAGAUUGGUUUGGUGUUGUAAAAUCGGGCUCACGAUGACCUCGUCUUUAUUGGCUCAUACAAAACAUAACGAUUAGUUUCCUAUUAGUGUAGUACCAUUUCUCAGUACAGUGUACAGUCUUGUCAAGGAAGUGAAAAAAAAGGCAUUUUAAACUAAUUUUUUUUGCCAUUGCAAAAACAAAUAUUGAAGUUGGUAAACACCAAGUGUUACAAGCUAACAAGAGACAGGGCCAUCAUUUAUUUUCAUAACAUUUUUGAUAGAUUGUACAGUAAGGACACUCCUCCCCCAUUAGAAACUAUUCUUACCCCUCCCCGCUCUGGCUCAGUCGGAUUUCAAUUGAAAAUUGUAUGUGUAACUCACGCGCAUUGGGUGUUGCGUUUCGCGUACGCUACGUAGAAAAAAAAACGAAUGUCCUGCAUGUUUUAGCUUAAUUUUAUAUACUUUUCUUCGACUGAACACGUGUAUAUUUAUUUACAUAUGUAAGACUAAGUGCAUUUCUUAUGCGAAAACAAAUUGCACAAUUUUGUAGAUUUGAUAUUUUUUUAUAGAUUCUAAUUUCGAAUAAGUAAAUGUGAUGUUAGUAGCGAAAAUCAAUGAGUGGUUGUUAAAAAUAUAUGUUAAUUUUAAGUUCAAAAUUAGUUGAAAAUGACUUUUACAACGGCUCGACGCUUAUAUUGUGAACAGUAAGUUCGUAUGUUUUACUUAAUCUAGCUUAUUAUUAGGUAAAAUUUGUUUAGUAAAAGAAAACGAAAAUAAUAUUAUCAUGCGGAUAUUAAGUUAAAUUGAAAUUAAUCAUGCUGUAAGUAUUUAUUGUAAUUUACGAAACAGUUAAGUUUUAAUUUAAUUCAGAAAUUAAACUAUUUCAUGCGGUAAAAAUAGCACUGUAAUAUAAUUGUAAUAUUUUGUAUAUUAAUUAUUUUUACCAAAUGGUAAAAAUAAUUAAUUUACAAAAUAUAUAAAAAAUACCAUCACAAAACAUACCCGGCUCAAAGGUGCCCAUAAUGCUUGCGUUUUAACGUCAUCCUAACUCACCAGUAUAGUGCUUCGCCUGCGAACGUAAGUUUUUUGAACGAAUGCGGUAUACACAAGUGUGCAUUACGACUGUUUGAACGCGGCGUUUCAUUAGUGUCCCACAUUUUUUUAAAAUAAAGAAUCAUCUUUUUUUUAAUUAAACAUACUUACCAAUACUUUACUUAUUUAUAAAAUAGGAUAAUUAAAUUGAUUAAUGUGUACGGUACAAUUUAAUAAACACUAAUGAUAGCCCGCGGCGGCGUUCAAAAGGCUCGUGAAAUUCACCCACAUACUUAAUAUGUACAUGAUACGUAUAAAAAAAUAAGCUUUUACCAUGGAAAAAAGAUUUUGCUUCAGUAUUGUAUAAGUGCUGUAGGUUAUAUAAUGUAAUUUAAAAUAGUAGGCGAAGCACGAACAUUUUUACUAUCGUAAAUGGUAACCGUGUUUGCUUCGAAUAAACCUGACGGAUUACUCUUCAGAAAAGGCGUCUGAAAACCAACCUUAAUUUUACUGAAAUAAGAUUCAUUUUCAAGUGAUACAAUUCCACGAGGAAAGACUAAGAGCAGAUGUCCCUCUCUUAUUAGCUCCUCUUCUAAUGGAGAAAGAGAGAAGUGCUAUGUUCAGUGAUCCGUCAGGAUAUAUAACAUUCUUGUUCGUGAACGUUUAGCAUAACGAUUAAAAAAAAUCGUGUUUGGUGUAAUAAGCCCACGUAAAAUACUGUGUAUCUAUUUUCACAUUAUUGCCCCAAGAAUGUUUUUAUUGUGUUUAAAGAUAUUUUCCGUAUAACGUUUGUUAAAAUAUGACCAACCAGUAUAACGCAUAAGUUUUGUAUAAAAUUUAAAAUUAAGUAAACGUAUAACCUAAAAUUAAGUCGUAUGUCGCUGUGAAUAUGAAGAAACUGCAAAAAACGUCUGAACGUAUAGGAAUAAAUUAUUGAGAUAUCUC